CUCUGGAUUGGUCCAUAUGAGUGAGGAGGUUAGUGAAGGUAAGAACGAUAUAAACUUCUUUCUGCUUCCAGUGGCAACGUGUCAAGAUUGUGUCUCGACUGUACUCAGUGUCUGCUCCUCUUGACCAAGAUGCUGCUUCAUGUUUUGGUGUUGGUGGUGAGUCUGGGACUCCUGGAUCUUCAGACCGAGGCCGCCACCAGCACAGAAAUACUGACUCUGACGAAAGCUAUUGAGGACAUUAAGGUGGAGAUCGAGAAUGUCAAGACAAACUGCAAUAAGACUGAGCAAGGAGGUUACUUUCUGGAAGAUGGCUAUGUCCUCGCCUACAAGGUAUACUCCGGAGGGGAAGGCUAUCCUGUAGAGGCUUUCUACAAUACGUACGGUGUCGCCACCUACAGGAACGACGACGAUCCGUUUCUGCGAGCCCUUAUGAAGUGCAGUUGCUACACCAACGGAAAAUGUAACCGUCACUACCGCAGCGGCCUCUUCAAGUACUGGGUCCAACUGGGGGUCACCCAAGUCAAACUGUCCGUGUACAAGGAUGGGGAGGAGAAGCAGUAUGCAGUGUUUGACGGGAGGGAUUCCUCUUAUUUAUCUUGGUUCAACGAACAGAAACUUUUGGAGUCGUCCUGGACAGACCUGAAAACAGCAAAGAAAGAUUAUUUUAGUUGGGAUUUGAAAACUCUUAGUGACCCCAGGGGAAACAGAAGAAUGUUCAUCAGCAACAAUAGUUCUGACUGCGCCACGGCCACGGGCUGGCUGAUGUUGAAGGAGUCGUAUGACAAGUGUGAUUGGGGAAAUCCUCGCGACAACAAGUUCCCCUUCAUCCUCUUCUCUCCCACCAGCACCAUGGUCCAGUUCAAGUCUGCUGAACAAGCAGACGCUGUGGGUGUGUGGAUUCAAUACCCGGGUGUGGAGAAUCUGAGCGCCGCGUGCAUACAGUAGUCAUCAUGGAGAAGACAAUCGUGUGAAGCAUCGACUGACAAGAUGUAGUGCUUACUCAGCAACACGGAUUAGACGAGAUAAAGCAAAGCAGCAACAACAAACAACUUAAACUAUGUAACCCAAAAGAAGGCUAGAGGUAAACAAACAAAUUAGGUAGAUAUUAAAAAAAUAUGACUGUUGUCCAGCGACUUGAAGAAGAAAAUAUUUGUCUCAGAAAUCCGUGAAAUGGCAGUAUGUAUCAGCAAUAAAUGUGAGAAAAAGGAAA